AUGGCAGAAGAAGCUCCAGCUCCCGCCGUCGCCUCCCCGGCUAAAGCCGCCAAGAAGAAGGCAGCACCAAAGCCCAAGAAGAGCGGCCCCAGCGUCAGCGAGCUGAUCGUUCAAGCUGUGUCCGCCUCCAAGGAGCGGAGCGGAGUGUCUCUGGCCGCCCUGAAGAAGGCUCUGGCUGCCGGAGGUUACGAUGUGGACAAGAACAAGGCCCGCGUCAAGACCGCCGUCAAGAGCCUGGUGGCCAAAGAGACUCUGGUCCAGACCAAGGGGACCGGGGCCUCCGGCUCCUUCAAGAUGAACAAGAAGGCUGAGCCCAAGCCCGUAAAGAAAGUCGCUCCUAAAGCCAAGAAGCCCGCCGCCAAGAAACCCGCAGUGGCUAAGAAGCCCAAGACAGCAGCCAAGAAGACAGCAGUUGCUAAGAAAUCCCCGAAGAAGGUGAAGAAGCCCGCAGCGGCCAAGAAAGCAACCAAAAGCCCCAAGAAGCCCGCAGCCAAGAGUCCCAAGAAGGCAGCAAAGAGCCCAAAGAAAGUGGUGAAAAAGGCUCCAGCAGCCAAGAAAGCCCCCGCUAAGAAGGUGGCCAAGCCCAAAGCCAAGAAGGCAGCACCCAAGAAGAAGUAA